CUGAAAUCGAAGAAGUUGAAUUAGAAAAAACUUUUAAUCCAAAUAUUAAUACUGAUGUGCAAAUAUCCGAAAUUGAAGAACCUAAUACUGAAAGCUCAGAUCGUUAUACUUCUGAUGUCUGGCAUUAUGUGAAUAAAAAUGAUCCUAAAUGUCGUUAUUGUUUAACAUGUAAAUUUAUAUUUUCACCAAAAACUAGUACAUCAAGUAUACGAGAUCACCUUGUUAAGCAUAAUCUAUUAACUCAAAAAAGUCCUGUUCAAAUGCAUUCUGAAAAAGAACAAUUAGAAUGA